GAGUACAUCCAAAACAAACACGCCCUUCUCGUUUCUGUGCGGCCCCGAGUUGGAAAAUGACUUCUUUCCAGCAUUACAUCAACGGUCCAGGAACGAGAUACACGAAAGCCCUGUGUAUCGUGGCAGUACUGAAGAAUAGGUUCAGCUACAUCUAUUGGUCUUCUCUGCUCUAACACGGGGGUCGCUUGAAAUCUCUAAUAAUCUCUUCGAUUGAAGGCUAAUCGAAGGUCGAUCGUCGUCCUCAUCUCUCUGCUCUAAUGGCUCCAUCAUCGGUGAAACCCAUCUCCAGCCCUGUUCCUGAAGCGUGGUACCCAACCCUUUCAGUUUUCUUGCUAGCGAUUGGCCUCCUCGUCACUGCUUCAUUCUUCAUCUAUGAAACAACCUCUUCUAGGCGAAGCCGCAGCCUUGCCAAGGAGCUGACCACAGGAGCUGUGGCUUCUGUUUUCUUGGGUUUUGGGUCCUUGUUCUUGCUGCUUGCCAAUGGUGUUUAUGUUUGAAGAGUCGUUUAACUGGAUGAGAUUUUGCUAAGCGGAAUUAGUCAAUGGCACUCAAGUGUGAGAACUUAUGUUUUUAUUUUUUUUGUAUGGGGAUAGCUCGUCACUUCACAGCUUCAAUCUCUCUCUUGUAGUAGAUGAAACGCGAUGAACUGUUAAGAUAAAGUAUUCGGAAGAACUUUGCCAAGCACUAA